AUGUCAAAAAAUUCUGGAGAUUUCUACGAUUCAACCAAUCCAAAUAAUUAGAGCAAUUUCAACCAAGGAUCCUAAUUUGGUAAUUAAUACGACAAGCCAUUUGUUGAUCCUUAUGACUAAAGAAAAAGUUAAAACAAUAACUACGACCCAUCAAGUCCAUAUAGUCCUCAAUACAAUCAACCAAUCAAUUUUCAGUCGCCAUAUGCAGAAAAUUUUCAGAAAACUUAAGCAUAAAAUGCUUAACAGCCUUCGAUUGAUUAAUCUUAUGAUAAUCUUAUGAACUCUUAAGCCUAAAAGAAUACCCCAUAGCCGUAAUAAUAAUAAAUUGGGUAUGAGAAUCUUACAUCUUCUCCCUAUUCUAAGUUUAUGCCAAAUCAAAGGUUAAGCCCAGAGGAGAAAUAAGGAUAUAUCACUGAUUACCUCUAGAAAUACUACAGAUCAUUUUUGAAUGAGUAAGAGCAACAAAGAUACAUUUAAUUAAGACAAUUCAAUAGUGCUGCAUCUGGAGCUUUUGCCAUACUAUUGCCUUUCACUGUAAUGUAUAGCAUCUCAACAAAAUAUAAUCCAGAUUCGUUCUAUCCAAAAUCUCUCUAAUGUAUUAUUAUGAUGGGUCUUUUAGGUAUGGGAAUGCAUCAUUUACAUUAAAAACAAAAGACUUAUCACUAAGGUUUGACAUUAAAGUAUUUCUCCUAAUAUUCUGACGAUUAGAUAAAGAACUUUGAUCUUUUGAUGUAAUAAUAGUAGAGAUAAAUGUAGUAAUAUGAAGAAUAGCAGUAAUAAAAAGCUCAGUAAGCUAUGACUUAGACCUUAGAAAAAUACCAAAUGGGAUAAGACUUAAACAAUCAAAAUCUAAACUAAAAUAUUGAUAAUUCAACUGGAUAUUCUGGAUACCCUGGAUUCCAGGGUCCUGAAGAUAAUCAGAAGAAAUUAUGA